AGCUAGCAACAACCGAGUGGCACGCAGGCCCGGCAACUACAAUCAAACAAUACAGAGAAACAGAGAGAGGAUCUAGCGAGUCCCUCUGCCCAGCUACCCGCAUAAUUUACCAAACCCAUUCGGAGUAAGAGCAAACUGAAAAGAUGGCGAGUGAGGAAGAGAGCGCCGUGAAGGAGCCGUUGGAUCUGAUAAGGCUCAGCCUCGACGAGCGCAUCUACGUCAAGCUCCGCUCUGACCGUGAGCUCCGCGGUAAACUACAUGCUUAUGAUCAACACUUAAAUAUGAUUCUUGGUGAUGUUGAAGAAGUUGUUACUUCUAUAGAAAUUGAUGAUGAAACUUAUGAAGAGAUUGUCCGGACUACAAAGCGGAAUGUUCCUUUUCUCUUUGUUAGAGGAGACGGUGUCAUCCUUGUUUCACCUCCUCUGAGGACAGCUUGAUGUAGAUACGUUUGCUGGGAAAUCAAUUGUUGUGACGUUUAACUAAUCUCUCUCAAUGUUAUUCUACUAUUAGAUUUUUGAAUGCAUGGAGAUUUCUUGAAUCCCAGCUAUCUAGGAUCAGAUUUUCAGCUGUACUUUGAGGUAGCCAUAAAAGAAUUUGGAGUUUGAUGAAUCUCAGUUUGAUGGUUUCUUACUGUUA